AGCCAGUGCCAACCAGUAGCCACGCCUCCCGCCUCCUCUACGCCUGCAACUUCGACCUUCUACCCCAUUCCUUUCGGAGAGAUUAGAUAAGACUAAGAACAUUAUCUCCGCCACUUGAAAGAGUCACUUGAAGUUUCCUGGAGUUGGAAACCCUCUCUUGCCUGCUCAGCCUCGUCAGACGCCUCCCUGCCUUGCCGACAGUCCGCCUCGACCUGCGCGGCCUACACACAGCCUCGGUUCUGACGGAACGAGUUCUGAACUAUGCCAGAUUUGACGGUCGCCGUGGUGGGAGGCAGCGGGUUCCUGGGGCGGCAUGUGGUGGCGCAGCUGGAGCAGUGGGCAGCAGAAGGACAGGUCGACGGCUGGGGCGUCAAGCAAGUGCGGGUCCUUGACAUUACGCAGCAGGACGCAAACACAGGCGGCAAAAGCGCAGCGAUUUUCGAGGAAUGCGACAUUAGGGACGUGGUACAGUUAUCCCGGAGCCUGAAGGGCACGGACGCCGUCGUCAACUGCGCCGGCGUCUCACCCGACAUCACGCAGGAUGACGUUCGCUGCGGCUCUGACAUGUGGAGAGUCAACGUCGACGGAGUGCGAAACUUGAUACAGGCAUGUCGGGAGGCGGGCGUUGGCGUGCUCGUGCACACCAGCACACUCGCCGUCAAGAUGGGCGGACAAAAGCUGAUGGAACACACGGAGAGCCUCACGCCCCACAUCAGCGAGGACGCCCUCAUACUCGGGGACUACGCCCGAGGCCGCGUGCGUGCGGAGGAACUUGUCUUGGAGGCUCACGAUGGCCCCACGCAAACAGGAACGAGACUCCGCACGGUGGUGCUGCGGCCGCCCCUCCUGUACGGCGAGGGCGACUGGGCCUUCGUGCCGUACGUCCUCCGGCUGGCGCGCGCUGGGGGCAACACAAUGCCUUCCUUUGGCAAUCCUGAUGCCUUCCAACAGGCGGCAUAUGUGGGCAACGUGGCCGCGGCGCACGUCAUGGCUCUGAGGAAGCUGCUGCGGGAGGACGACGCGGGCGAGCUGCAGCGCGUGGGGGGCCUGCCGGUGUACGUGACGGACGACACGCCGCCCAACAACCUGCCCGGCCUCGCGUACCCCUUCCUCCGCCACCUCGACCUGCAACCCGCCCGUAACCUCUCUUAUUGGACGGUUGCCAUCCUCCUGCUCCUCGCGAAAGCCUGGGGCGCCGUCCGCUCCGUCUUUGGCUUGAGUCCCCCGGGCCCUUCCGCCCUCCCGUCCUGGACUCUCCACCGCCUCGGCCAGACCAUCGCCGUCGUCAGUCGCUUGCGGGCGGAGCUCUCCAUGGGCUACGCGCCGCCCUUCUCGUGGCCGGAGGCGCUGGCUCGCUCGACGGCCUACUACUGUGCUGCCUUCCCCGGGGAGAAAGCCUAGCGCUCUCGAGGGCUCGCCCUCCGAGGUAGGACACAGGCGGUCAGCUGUGCGCUUAUUUGCUCAUUCUAUUAUCAUAUCAACGGUAUUUUAAUAGCUAUCCAUUAAUAUAUAUAUAUAUAUAUAUAUAUAUAUAUAUAUACAUAUAUACUCAUACAUACACACAUACAUACAUAUAUAUGUAUAUAUAUAUAUAUAUAUAUAUAUAUAUAUAUAUAUAUGUACCCCUAUUGCAUAUCUCAAGCUAAACAGAAUCAGAAAAAGACCUCAUUAUCCAUGCACAAGGGACCAAAAUCCAUAUCACAUCAUUAUUAGUUGGGAGUGUUCCAAAGUAAUGAAAUCUAAAUAGGUCCUUAUUCAAAUGAUGUUCGUGUGAGGCGUAAACAGACUUUCCUAAACUGAUUCAUGGAUUUUACUUAUCAACUGAUGAAUUAAUGAAGCUAGGUGGCCCCUGUGUUCUGUUGUCACCAGGUUUCGUGGCCAGAGAUCAGGCAAUUGAAGGUUUUGUAGGAGAAGCGAUUUCCUAAGGUUAUGAAGCUUCCCGAAAACAAGGCACAGGACAUACGCAACUUUCCGUGGAAAUCGUUUUGAUGAAUACCCUUGCCUAGAAACGCAAUUUAGAGCGUGUCGAAUUACACAUGUUCUUUUGUCACCCGUAAGUAUAACAAAUGUCUUUCAGCUAAGUGCAAAUUUAAUGAAAAUGCUUAUUCGUGUUUUCUUUUUUUUAUAAUAAUCUAUAACAAGAAAUGAUACAGUUUACGUCGAACUCAUCUUGAUAAGAAGAACAAGCAUUUUUAUGUUAUCCUUGAGACAGUAAAGAUAAAAUAUCUUUAACUGUUUCAUCUUAAAUAUUGUUACGGAGAUAUUAAGCGUGUUGAUACCAGACUGUAUCCUACAACACCAUCCCAGAUUCAUGUCAGUGUUAUGUAAGAGUUAUAUGUAAAUAUUAUAUACUGAUAAACGAUAAACCACAAAUAAAGGAACCUUUUUAACCCAGUAAAUCAUUAAUGCUUAAA